AGAGAAAGCAAAAGCUACAGAGUUUUGACGUAAAAGCUCUACAAGACAUCUCGCUAAGCUUUCUCUCUCAAGACUUCAAGAAGACAUUGGAGUUCUUGUCUUAAACAGUUGACUUUUAGAAGGAAGGAAGCUCGGAGAUGGAGGCUGCGGUUCUAUCGAAGCCGCAUAGGCUCAAGUAUGAUUUCUUCCUCAGUUUCCGAGGCGAAGACACGCGUCAUACCGUCGUAAAGCGUCUCUACGACGCUCUCCACGUGAAGGAGAAAGCGCUUAUCUUCCGCGACAACGAAGGCAUGGAACGAGGGCAAGCGAUCUAUUCAAGCCUCGUCGCAGGCAUAGAAGACUCUGCGGCCUCCCUCGUGGUCUUCUCCCCUCGCUACGCUGACUCUCACUGGUGCCUUGAUGAGUUAGCUACCCUAUGCGAUGUGAGUUCAUCGCUUGAUCGUCCCAUGAUACCGAUCUUUUACAAGGUCGAUCCUUCCCAUGUACGCAAACAGAGCGGUCGUUUCGUUGAGGACUUUGAAACACACGCCGAAAAAUUUAAGGACAAGGAGAUAGAGAUACAGCGAUGGAGAGGAGCUAUGAAAAUAGUUGGAAAUCUCCCUGGAUUUAUUUACAGAGAAGGAGAAAAGGAGGAUGAGAUGAUAGGGCUUGUGGUGAAGAGGGUUUUAGCUGAGGAGAACAAUACACCAGAGAAAGUUGGAGAGUACACCGUUGGCUUGGAGUCACGUGUUGAUGAUUUGAUGAAUCUGGUCAACGUUAAAAUCCUGGGACUUUACGGUAUGGGUGGUAUUGGGAAAACGACCCUUGCAAAAGCCUUCUAUAACAAGAUCGUUGACAACUUCAAGGAGCAACGAGUUUUCAUCUCAAAUGUUAGAGAAAGAUCGUCAGGACAAGAUGGUUUGGUCAAUCUACAAAAGACUUUCAUUAGUGAACUGUUUGGUUUGGUACCUGAAAUAGAAGAUGUUAACCAAGGCCGAGACAAGAUAAGAGAAAGUGUUCAUGAGAAGAAGAUUCUUGUUGUUUUAGAUGAUGUUGAUAACGUAGACCAAGUUGAUACCUUAAUUGGUGAAAGAAGUUGGUAUGGUGAAGGAACUCUUAUAGUCAUCACGACCAGAGAUGAAGAGAUUCUGAAUAGACUCUCUGUGAGCGGCCAAAAGUAUGAGGUCAGUUGCUUGAGUAAGGAGCAGGCACUAAAGCUGUUUAGUUAUCACUCACUACGAAAAGAUAAACCACCAGGGAGUCUAUUGCAGCUGUCCGAGAAGAUCGUUGAGACAACAGGAUUUUUGCCACUAGCUGUUGAAGUGUUUGGUUCUCUUCUGUAUGACAAGAAGGAAGAAAAAGAAUGGCUAGUUCAACUUGAGAAGCUUAAAAGUACUAAACUACACAAUCUUCAGGGUGUUCUGAAGGUGAGCAUUGAAUCCCUAGACGAUGAAGAGAAGAAAGUAUUCCUCGACACUGCGUGUCUCUUUCUUAAAAUGGACAUGACUAAAGAGGAAAUUGUCGACGUACUGAAAGGUUGUGGGUUCAACGCUGAGGCUGUUCUCAAAGCUCUUAGACAGAAGUCUCUUGUCAAGUUCUUGGCCGACAAUACUCUUUGGAUGCAUGAUCAGAUUAAAGACAUGGGAAUGCAGAUGGUCGUUAAAGAAAGCCCUGAGGAUCCGGGAAAGCGAAGUAGACUCUGGGAUCGUGGUGAAAUCAUGAACAAUAUGAAGGGAACACCAUCCAUCAGAGGAAUUGUAUUAAACUUCAAGAAGAAGUCUAUGAGACUAGAUGACGAUCCAGGCACCAGCUCUAUAUUAAAGCCUACAAGUACUGAAAACACCAUUCCCGUGGAGCAUUUUGUACCAAUGAAGAAGCUGAGACUUCUUCAGAUCAAUCAUGUGGAACUGCAAGGAAAUCUUGAACUCCUUCCAUCUGACCUCAAGUGGAUACAGUGGAGAGGCUGUCCAUUAAAAGAUGUUCCAGCGAGUUUUCUUUCUAGGCAACUCGCUGUUCUUGAUCUUUCAGAGAGUGGUAUAAGACGAUUCCAGAGUUUCCAGCCAAAAAUAGUGGGUUUGCAGGUGGAGGGGAACUUGAAGGUUGUAAAUUUGCGUGGUUGUGAUAGCUUAGAAGCCAUUCCUGAUUUAUCAAACCAUAAGUCCUUAGAGAAGCUUGUUUUCGAGGGAUGCAAGCUUCUGGUGGAGGUUCCUAGCUCAGUUGGUAAUUUGAGAUCAUUACUUCACCUGGAUUUAAGAAACUGUCCAAACCUCACUGAGUUUCUUGUGGAUGUUUCUGGACUGAAGAGUCUUGAAAAGCUUUACCUCUCUGGCUGUUCAAGUCUGAGUGUGUUACCAGAAAACAUCGGUUACAUGCUGUGUUUGAAAGAGCUUCUUCUUGAUGAAACUGCGAUAAAGAACCUACCGGGAUCAAUUUUUCGCCUCGAAAAACUUCAAAAGCUUAGCUUAAAGAGUUGCAGAUCUAUUCACGAGCUUCCUGAGUGCAUAGGAACAUUGACAUCACUGGAAGAGCUAGAUCUGAGUAGCACUUCACUGCAAAGUCUUCCGAGUUCUAUUGGAAAUUUAAAAAAUCUCCAGAAGCUGCAUGUGAUGCACUGUGCAUCCCUUUCUAAGAUACCUGACACUAUCAAUAAACUCGCAUCAUUACAAGAGCUGAUCAUCGAUGGAAGUGCGGUGGAGGAGCUACCUCUAAGUCUAAAACCUGAAUCCCUUUCUAAGAUACCUGACACUAUCAAUAAACUCGCAUCAUUACAAGAGCUGAUCAUCGAUGGAAGUGCGGUGGAGGAGCUACCUCUAAGUCUAAAACCUGUAUCACUGCCAUGUUUGGCUAAAUUUUCAGCAGGAGGAUGCAAAUCGCUGAAACAGGUUCCUAGUUCAGUUGGGUGGUUAAACUCUCUUCUCCAACUUAAGUUGGAUAGUACACCGAUUACAACUCUACCAGAAGAGAUAAGUCAGUUGCGCUUUAUUCAGAAAGUUGAGUUGAGGAACUGCUUAUCAUUGAAAUCUCUGCCUAAUAAGAUUGGAGAUAUGGACACACUCCAUAGCUUAUACCUUGAAGGCUCUAACAUUGAAGAACUGCCUGAAAAUUUUGGAAAUCUGGAGAACCUAGUAUUACUCCAAAUGAACAAGUGUAAGAAUCUCAAGAAGCUUCCUAACUCAUUUGGAGGCUUGAAAUCUCUUUGCCAUCUGUACAUGGAGGAAACUCUGGUCAUGGAGUUGCCAGAAAGUUUUGGAAACCUCUCAAAUUUAAGGGUGUUGAAAAUGAUGAAGAGUGAUGAUGAUCCAGGUGCAAGAGAAAAAUCUUGUUUUGUAAUACCAAACUCUUUCUCAAAUCUCUUGCUGCUUGAGGAGCUGGAUGCUCAUGGUUGUGGAAUAUCUGGUGAAGUCCCUGAUGUUUUUGAGAAGCUUUCUUCUUUGAAGAUACUGAACUUGGGGAAUAAUAAGUUUCACAGUCUUCCUUCUAGCUUCAAGGGGUUAUCAAGUCUCAAAGAACUUUCAUUGUGUGACUGCCAAGAGCUCACGUGUGUUCCCCCUCUUCCAUGUAACUUGGAGAAGCUAAACCUGGCAAACUGCUGUUCAUUGGAGAGUAUAUCCGACCUUUCAGAGCUGACGAUGUUGCACGAGCUCAAUCUCACCAACUGUGGGAAAGUGGAUGAUAUUCCAGGCCUAGAGCACUUGACGGCUCUGAAACGGUUACACAUGAGCGGAUGUAAUUUUCAAGUGCACCGUUGAAGUAAAGAAAGUGCACCUUUCAUAGUUGGAGACAUGGUGUUUUGUAUAUAUAUUCCUUUUUCUUUUUAGUUUCCUGUUCUGAAGCUUAUUUGCUUCUUUUAACUUCACUCACUGUAAGAUGUUUAUCUGUUUCUUUACCUCUGCCUUUUAUAAUCAAUAAGUAAAAGUAACAAAAAAGAGGAGAUUCUUGA